UUAUUCUGUGUCACACCUCUCACUAAACAAAUCUUGCUGCUGUAGUCUGGGAAAUUGAAAGGUUUUGUUUUCUGACUUGCUUUCUUUAUUCUGUUGAUGUCUUGCUAAGCAUAUAUAGGAAUUUAGAUGGGGCGCAGCUAUUAGAGCGUGGUGUGUGACUUCUUGCUGUUGUCAUUUUUACCACCACGUGAAAAUGUGAAAGAAACUUUUAAAUUUUAUAUGCAGUUUGGAAAAGGUACUUAAGUCGGUUGGAAAUAAGCAACAGAGGUCUGAAAGAUGAAGGAUGUGACUCUAAAGCAGGCCAUUUUACUGGCAUGGAGAGAACGAUGGAGCGACUAUCAGUGGGCUAUCAACAUCAAGAAGUCCUUUUCCAAAGGGGCCACGAUGGAUCAGCAGAACCUGGCAGAUGUUCUUCUUGAACAAGCUUUGAUUGGCCCAUCACCAAAUCCUUUGCUCAUGUCAUACCUUACAUAUGCCAUCAGUUCUCAGAUGGUUUCUUAUGCCUCUGUGUUGACAGCCAUCAGUAAGUUCAAUGACUUUUCCCGUGAGCUGUGUGUAAAAUCUUUAUUGGAAAUUUUGGAUAUGUUCUGUGAUAAACUCAGUUGCCAUGGGAAAGCUGAAGAGUGCUUUAGCCUGUGCCGUGCUCUUAUCAACACUCUGUUCUGGAUGCUAAGAUGUACUUCCUUUUAUGUGGAGAACUUCAAGGAGGCUGUUGACCUCUUAGCAGCCGAAAAUCAACUAAGCAUGUGUGUGGAUAGACUGGAAAGGAUUCUUAGCAGCACCAAAAACCGUGCCCUGAUUCACAUAGCUAGGAUGGAUGAACCAGACUUUUCAUUGUGGAGCAGUGUUGAACAGGGUGUAGUAAAACUAGCUGAAAAUCUCAACAGUCUGACUAGUCAGCUCUUAAGAACUAGAAUAGAAGAAUGCAUCUCUCUGGUCAACAGUAUACCUUUAAUGCUUUCCUUGCAUCAGGAGCAGCUGAGUCGAACACAGUUUCCCACAGUGCAUGCUGUCAUAAUGUUGGAGGGGACAAUGAACCUUACUGGGGAGGUGCAGCCUUUGGUAGAGCAACUUACAAUGAUCAAAAGAAUGCAGAGAAUCCCUUCUCCGCUAUUUGUACUUGAGAUCUGGAAGGCCUGUUUUGUUGGUCUGAUUGAGUCUCCAGAAGGAACUGAGGAGCUGAAGUGGACUGCUUUCACUUUCCUGAAGAUUCCACAAGUGUUGGUCAGGCUUAAAAAGUACCCGCAAGGGGACAGGGAGUUUUCUGAAGAUGUCAACUCUGCUUUUGAAUAUUUACUGAAACUAACUCCAUUGUUGGAUAAGGCUGACCAGCGAUGCAACUGUGAUUGCAUGGGUUUACUGCUGCAAGAAUGUGGCAAACAGGGACUGCUUUCGGAGGUCAAUUUGAAAAACUUAUUAGACAAACGGAAUAUGGACAGAGAACAAGCCCCUCGCUUAAAAUCCUCAGAAAAUGCAAACAUCCAGCCUAACCCAGGACUUAUCCUGAGAGCGGAGCCUACAGUUACAAAUAUCUUAAAGACUAUGGAUGCAGACCAUUCCAAAUCACCAGAAGGAAUACUUGGAGUUUUGGGCCACAUGUUGUCAGGAAAGAGCUUAGAUCUGCUACUUGCUGCUGCAGCAGCUACAGGGAAGCUAAAAUCCUUUGCGCAGAAGUUUGUCAAGUUGAAUGAGUUUACCAAGUACAACAGUGGAGAAGGCUCUAAAGCAGCAUCUGUAAGAGCUUUGCUGUUUGAUAUUUCAUUUUUGAUGCUGUGUCAUGUCGCCCAAACGUAUGGUUCUGAGGUGAUCAUUUCAGAUUUGAGUACCACAGGUGAAGUCCCAUUUUUUGAAACUUGGAUGCAGACUUGUAUGCCUGAAGAAGGGAAGAUUCUUAACCCAGAUCAUCCAUGCUUUCGACCAGAUUCUACCAAAGUAGAAGCCCUCGUCACACUUUUGAACAGCACUUUGGAGAUGAAAUUGGUGCAGGUGAAGUGGCACGAAGUCUGUCUUAGCAUUUCUGCUGCAAUUCUUGAGAUCCUGAAUGCUUGGGAAAAUGGGGUUCUCCCUUUUGAGGCUAUCCAAAAAAUAACAGAUAAUAUUAAAGGAAAGGUUUGCAGUAUGGCAGUCUGCGCAGUGGCAUGGUUGGUGGCACAUGUACGGAUGCUGGGACUAGACGAGAGAGAGAAAUCUCUCCUAAUGAUUAAGCAGCUUGCAUCACCUUUGUAUGGUGAAAAUCUAUUGCAAUUUUACAGUGAAAGAGUUGUAAUUAUGAGUUCAAUCCUGGAGCAAAUGUGCGCAGAUGUCCUACAGCAGACUGCAACCCAACUCAAGUUUCCUUCUACGGGGAUGGACCCCAUCCCAUACCGGAACUUACUGCCUUCCAAAAAACCAAUCAGGGAGGUGCUCUUGGCAACAUUUUCUGAUUUACUGGAGAAAGGCUGGGUGAAUAGCCGUUCCAUCCAUGUCUUUGAUACUCUGCUGCACAUGGGUGGUGUCUACUGGUUUGUUAACAACUUGGUAAAGGAACUGCUAAAAGAGACACGGAAGGACUACACUCUUCGAGCUGUUGAGCUUUCGUAUGCCAUCUUUUGCCUGGACAUGCAUCAGAUCACACUAACUCUACUUGGUCAUAUUCUGCCAGGACUUCUCACCAAUUCUUCUAAGUGGGAAAUGUUGAUGGAUCCCCCUGGAAGAGCUCUGGCCAAAUUAUCAGUGUGGUGUGCUUUGAGCUCCUACUCCACUCACAGUAAAGGUCAGGCUUCAGUCAAGCAAAGAAAGAGGCACAGGGAAGAUAUUGAGGACUACAGUAGCCUUUUUCCUUUGGAUGACACUCAGCCCUCAAAACUAAUGCGUUUGUUGAGCUCCAAUGAGGAAGAACCAGCUAUUCUUUCAAGUCCUAGUGAUCGGUCUAUGAGUAGCUCCUUGUCUGCCUCCCAGCUGCACACUGUGAACAUGCGGGACCCGCUGAACAGAGUGUUAGCAAACCUCUUUCUGCUGAUCUCUUCUAUUCUUAGUGCAAAAACUGCUGGUCCACAUACCCAGUUUGUGCAGUGGUUUAUGGAGGAGUGUGUGGAGUGUCUGGAACAGGGCAGUCGAGGUGGUAUCCUGCAGUUCAUGCCUUUUGCAAUGGUUUCUGAGUUAGUAAAGCUUUCAGCGAUGUCCAGUCCAAAGAUUGUCCUCGCAAUUACAGAUCUGAGUUUACCUCUUGGACGCAGAGUUGCAGCAAAGGCUAUUGCCGCCUUGUGAUCUUUACUGGUGUUGUGGAUGAGCACAGAGAGGAUUUAGAUCCCAUAUUGAAAUGUUUCAAAGCCAUUUUUUGGUCUGACUGAUGCAGAGACUUUGAAACAGCUGUACUAAGUGUGCAUUUCUGCAGCAGUGGACAUUUUUCAGUACACUUUUUUUUAACGCGGAUUACAUGUGGCUUACAGAUAAUUAGAUAUGACACCAAAAGUUGCCAUCACUGUUGAAGAGAGGACUGAAGCUUUUUGCAUAAGUAGUACAGUGUUUUUCAGAGUACUGUUCAUAAAAUGACUUGGAUGUUUUUUUUUUCCAGUCUCAUAGUAAAGAUAACGUAGCUGCAGUGUUUCUCAUCUCCAUUACAAACUGAUGCAAGUGCUAGAGUGAGAAAGCCAGCUGUGUGAUUACACAAUUAAAGGUACACAAACUUACCAGAGGUAAAACCUUCCUACCCCCAGAAGAAAGACAGUGCACUGAAGAAAGUGGCCCCAAUUAUCCUAUUAUUGUUCACUACAAAGAAUUUAACAUAUUUUCAGAAAUGAAAAUGAAAAUAAAAGCAUGCUUUGUGUUUCUUA